GGGGCGGGCCGAGAUAUCCGUUGGCCAUUUUCCCCGACGCCAUUCUCGCAGCGAGGCCGAGCGCCGUCAUGGCUGACCCAGUGAAGGUGCUGGUGACAGGAGCUUCCGGUCCAAUUGCCUACUCCCUGCUCCCCAGGAUAGCCAGCGGAGAGGUGUUCGGGAGGCAGCAGCCUGUAUUUCUGGUCCUGAUGGACCUCCCCACGAUGUGGGGUGUGUUGUCAGGGGUCGCGAUGGAGCUGCAAGACUGUGCUUUUGAACUCCUUCAAGGAGUGACUGUGACAGACCGUGAUGACGUGGCCUUCAGAGAUGUGGAUGUUGCUGUUCUGCUUGGAGCAAUGCCCAAGGCACAGAGCGUGGAGAACAAUGACCAGUUCAAGUGCAGUGUUCAGAUAUUGAGGUCCCAGGGGAAGGCUUUAGACACAUAUGCCAAGAAGACAGUCAAGGUUCUGGCGGUAGGCAGCCCUGCCAACACCAAUUGCCUCGUCGCCAUGAUGUCAGCACCAUCUAUCCCACCGGCGAAUUUCUCCUGCCUGACGCGACUGGACCAGAACCGAGCUCAGGCCCGGCUGGCCCUCGCCCUGGGGACCGGCGCAAGAGCCGUGCGGAACGUGAUCGUCUGGGGCAACUCUUCGGGCAUGCUGCACCCUGACUUCGAGCACGCCAUGGUCACAUGUGACUCCCGUCCGUUCAGGCUGCCUGGAGGCUCUGUUACGGUGAGGCACUUUUUGGUGGGGCAGGCUGCCCGACAGCGAGGGGAAACUAUGAUGGGCUGCGCCAUGUCAGUUGUGAGUGCCAUCUGUGACCACCUGCGGGCGCUGUGGUCUGGGACACAGGAGGGCGAGUUGUUGUCGAUGGGAGUCCUCUCUAAUGGAAAUUCCUAUGGAGUUCCUGAGCAGCUUAUUUAUUCUUUUCCAGUGUCUGUAAAGGAUGGUAAUUGGCAGAUCGUGCCUGGCCUGAGGGUUUCUGAUGACUCCCGGUUAAGGAUGGCCCAGUCAGCCCGGGAGCUGGUCAAGGAGCGGGAGAGAGCCCUGAGAGCACUGGUGAGGAGUAACCUCUGAGAGCUUCAUUCUGGGACCUAACAGAUUGAUCGGAGAUUCAGAGCCAAGCUGAAGGAUGAGUACACUGAUGGGAGACACUGUCAUUCUGUUCACAUCCCCCGCCCACCCUGACAUCUGGACAUUUGGUUUUAUUCACUUGUGGGAUAUUGCUGGCCGGUCAGCAUUAACUAUCCGCUCCUAGUUGUCCUGGGGAAGGUGGUGGUGAGCUGCCUUCUUGGACUGGUGCGGAGAGAUCCACAGUGACGUGACACCUAAAACAGCCCAAUAUGAAUCAUCAUGAUAUUCAGUCCAAAAGCGUUGCGCCAAACUGUGGAACUGUGCAAGUUAAUGUUCCCCAGGACAGUCUGGGCAAGAGCACCAGGAGCUAUCCUUGCUUUAGUGACCAUGUUGCAACAACACAAUGAGCUGCUAACAACUGAUGAUUGGGACCAGCUAAGAGUCUGGAAAGAUGCAGAUGUAUUCCUCCUCCUCCACCCCUCCUUACCCCAUCCCACGCUUGCACAGACACAUUCUGUUACACACACACACACACACACACACACACACACACACACACACACACACUUCAGUCCAACGUGUCCGUGCUGACCGAGGUUCCGAAACUAAACCAGUCCCACCUGCCUGCAUUUGGCCCGUACCCCUGUCAUGUACCACGCUCUGUGUAAAAUAGUUGCCCCUCCAGUUCCUUUUAAAUCUUACCCCCUCUCACCUUAAACCUUCGCCCCUCAAAUUUUGAAUUCCCCUUAUCCCUGGGGAAAAGACUUUUUUUAUUCAUCUUAUCUCUACAAGGUCACCCCUCUAUCUCUGAUGGUUUGGGGAAAAGAGUCCCCGGCAAUCCAGCCGCUCCUUAUAACUCAAACCUUCCGUUCUCAGUAGCAUCCUGGUAAAUCAUCGUACCAAACCUGGGUCCCUGCCCAAAAAGUAUCUCUGUGCCUUCCCAGCUGCCACUCGCCAGCCCAGUGCACAGCCUGGUUCAGUGCAUUGCCUUGCUCCAUCGGGAGUGUUACAGGACUCAGUCCAACGGGGUCAGAUAGUGUUGCGAGAUGCUGCUGAGCCACUGCCGGUCCAGGUCAUCAGUGAUUUGGGAGCCUGUUUGCUGCUUGUCAGAGCCGUAAUAAAAAGACUGUCUGCCCCACCAUAAGAGUGAUCUCUCGUACCGUGCUUGCGAGUUGGAUUGUUCGCACAGAGGCUCAAUCAUGACCUGAACUUCCCAUCCCGUUCAGAAACGAGCGCUUGCGUUUCCCUCUGCGUCUUUCGUGACCUCAGGACGUACAGAAACUCUUUCACCUCCCAGCAAGAUACUCCAUGCCAACCAUGAUCCCAAACUGAUCUAGUUCCACCUGCCAUAACCCUUCAAAUAUUUCCUAUUCAUGUCUUUUAAGUGUUGUAACUGUACCCUCAUCCACCUCUGGAAGUUUAUUCCACACUCAAACCACUCUCUGUGCAAAAAAAAAUUGUCCCCCAUGUCUCUUUUUAAAAAUCUUUCCCUUCACACCUUAAAAAUGUGCUCCCUAGUCUUGAAAUUCCCCCACCCUAGGGAAAAGACAUCUGCUGUUCAGCUUAUCUGUGUCCCUAAUGAUGUUAUAAACCUCUAUAAUGUCACCUCUCAACCUCCUACACUCCAGUGAAAAAAGUCCCAGCCUCUCCGUAUCUCUCCCCGUAACUCAAACCCUGGUAGAUCUCUUCCAAACCCUCUACAGCUUAAUAAUAUCCUUCCUAUAAUAGGACGACCAGAACUGGGCACAGUGCUCCAGAAGAGGCCUCACCCACGUCCUGUACAACCUCAACAUGACGUCCCAGCUCCUGUACUCCAAGGUCUGAGCAAUGAAGGCAAGCGUGCUAAACGCCUUCUUAAGCAACCCCCCCCCCACCGUUUACCUGACCAAACUUCACAGAAUUAUGUACCUGAACCCUUAGGACUCUCUGUUCUACGUGCUGCCCACCACUGAACAGGGUCGAUAGAUAACAUCUGUAAUCUGAGAAGCAAAAGAGCAGGAGUUGGCCAUGCGUCUGCUCUGCCAUUCAAUGAGAUCAUCUGACUCAGCCCCCUAUUCCUGUUUUCCCCCCACUUCCCAAAACCCUGUGAUCUCUUUAGCUCUAAGAACUAUGUUGUAGCUCUUCCUGAAAACAUUCAAUGUUUUCAUCUCAACUUCUUUCUGUGGCAGAGAAUCGCACAGGCUCCCCGCUCUGGGUGAAGACAGUUCUCAGUCCUAAAUGGCCCAGCUUGUAACCCUUAGGCUGUGACCCCCUGGUUCUGACUCCCCAGGUCAUCGGGAACAUCCUUCCUGUGUUGAUCAUGUCUGGUCCUGUUAGAGUUUUGUAGGUUUCUCUGAGAUCCCCCUCAUUCUUCUAAAAAUCCCAGUGAAUACAGUCCUAACCGAUCCAAGUCUGGCCCUUGAUCACCUUAUACCCCUCGACUAGGUCACCUGUUAAAUCUUUGCAACCAAGGGGAAUAUGAGCCUGGGUCCCGACCCGAAACAUCAGCUUCCCUGCUCGUCUGAUGCUGCUUGGCCUACUGUGUACCUCCAGCUCCACACUGUGCUAUCCCAGAUUCUCUGGCAUGGGCAGCGCUUACUGUCUGUGAGCCUGGCCUGUGCUCCCUCUCGGCCAGAAUCGUUGAGGGUUGAAUGCUGGCAGUUUUCUGUCUCACUCCUGCCACAGCAUCUUGCAGUUGAACAAAAGAUUUGGAGAUGUGGGAGGUUACACUGAAUGGCGUGGAUCAGGCACAAGGUGUGCUGAAUCUGGUGCCAUGCGCCCCCUGUAGGUCAUCCCACAGCCCAUUCAGUCGCAGGCAGCAUCGCAGACAAACUGAAUCAGGUUGGCAAUCCCAAAAACAGCCCAGAUUAUCUCCACCUCCCUAACCUGUCCUUCCUCUCAUCUAUCCGCUCCUCCCACCUCAAGCUGCACUCCCGUUUCCUACCUACUAACCUCAUCCCGCCUCCUUGACCUGUCCGUCCUCCUGGACUGACCUAUCUCCUCCCUCUAUCACUCACCUCUACAGGCUCCAUCCGCGCCUCUUUGAUCUGUCUGUCUCCGCUCCACCUAUCUUCUCCUCUAACCAUCUUCUAUCCACCUCCCCCUCUAUCCCUAUUUAUUUCAGAACCCAUUCCCCCUCCCCCUUUUCUGAUGAAGGGUCUAGGCCCGAAACGCCAGCUUUUGUGCUCCUAAGACGCUGCUUGGCCUGCUGCGUUCAUCCAGCUCCACACUUUGUUAUCUUGAACCAGGUUGGCUGCUACUGUCUCGUGAGAUGGGACCUCUGCUGUUGGGCGCUGAUGUCCCUAACCCCUUGCCCUCCCAGGAGUUAGGCGUAGAGGUCCUGGGAACAAGAGUCAGUGAGCAGCUGUGACCACAUCCUGUCAAGGAAGGGUCA